AGCACAUAGUCAGUGCGGAUAAGAAGCCCUGCAGCCUGUAGAGCUCCUCAAACCUGCUGGAGUAAAGAGCUGAGGAGGAUUUCAACUGAGGUUCAAGACAUUUGUGAGGUAUUCAUCAGCUUCGGAGAAGAAGCUCUGGAAUUCUCGGAGGAUUAAAACACGACCAGACAUCAUUUCUGAUUUAGUGAUUUCCAUCUACCACCACCCUCACCACCACCCUCUCCGCACCAUGUUCAGAGUGCUGUGUCUCGCACUGCUUCUCUUGGCCACUCAUCUGUCCUCCAGCCUCUUCCUGCCCGACUCUCCUGAGCUUCGGCGGCUGCUGAGUCGCUAUGAGAACGAGCUGGAGACCAACGUCACGUCCUCGACGUCAAGCUCGCGUGUCCGCCGCGCCAUACCGUGGUCAGAUCGUGAGGAGAUCCUUCUUCUGCACAACAAAUUGAGAGGUGCCGUCUAUCCAACUGCCUCUAACAUGGAGUACAUGAUAUGGGAUAAUGAACUGGAGCGUUCUGCUACACACUGGGCUGAACAGUGUCAGUGGGAUCACGGACCCCAUGACCUGCUUAUGUCUAUUGGACAAAAUCUGGCAGUGCACUGGGGCAGGUACCGUUCCCCCGCUUACCACGUCCAGGCCUGGUACGAUGAGGUGAAGGACUACACGUUUCCAUACCCACACGAGUGCAACCCCUGGUGCCCCGAACGCUGCUCUGGACCCAUGUGUACUCACUACACGCAGAUCGUCUGGGCCACCACCAACCGCGUCGGUUGUGCUGUCCACGUGUGUCCAAGCAUGAACGUGUGGGGGGAGACGUGGCAGAACGCCGUCUACCUCGUGUGCAACUACUCGCCAAAGGGAAACUGGAUCGGGGAGGCGCCUUACCAGCAUGGACGUUCAUGUUCUCAGUGUCCUCCCAGCUAUGGUGGAGUCUGCAAGGACAAUUUGUGCUACAAGGGAGCUCCUCAACGUCCUGAGACUCCAGACAUGAAUGAAGUGGAGAAGCCUCAGGUUCCUGUGCAGGCAGAGAUCCCUGUGGUCAGGCCUAAACCCAAACCCAAACCCAAACCCAAACCUUCUCCACCCAAAAAACCCACUCCGCCUCACACCACUCGUACCAACUUCCUGACUCAAAACAUCAAGUGUGAGACGAAGAUGAGGGACAAGUGCAAAGGUGUAACCUGUAACAGGUAUAACUGCCCUGCUAACUGCUUAUACAGCAACGCUAAAGUCUGGGGCACGCUCUACUACGACGUGCAAUCAAGUAUCUGCCGUGCUGCCAUCCAUUACGGAGUCAUCGAUAAUAACGGAGGCCUGGUGGAAGUGGCGAGGAAAAACAGUUUCCCCUUUUUCGUUAAAGCCACAAAGAACGGAGUUGAGUCUUUCAGUAAAUAUAAAACCGCCAAUGCUUUUCUGGUAGCCAAAGUGGAAAUAAGAUCCAUUGACUGCUACACCAGAGCGGCUGAUAUUUGCCCCUUCAGCAACCAGCACACCACCUGCCCGAGGGUUAAGUGCCCAGCUAGCUGUAAGAAUCAGCCCUCGUACUGGGCUCCGGUGAUCGGCUCCGGCAUCUACGCAGACACCUCUAGUAUCUGCCGGGCUGCUCUCCAUGCUGGUGUGCUUAAAGCUUCAGGAGGACAUGUGGACAUCUUGGCUAUGGAUAAGAAGAACAGCUACACAGGCAGCCUGAAGAACGGCGUCCAGUCUGAAAGUAAACCCCAGUCACAGGGCGGCUCCUUCCGCGUCUUCACCGUGCGAGAGUGAUGCGUCUCAACACACAGCGUCUCCCGGUCACUUUUCCAGGGACACACAGUCUACUCAUCAGGAAAAAAAAUUUGUGUGGAAUUCUCUCUCUCUCGGUUUGACAGCGAGGAGACACAUAACACCAUCAGACCUUCCUUCCUCAUCAUCUUCUACCUGGAUCGUUCCCGAUGUCUUCUUACUCGUUUAUUUUUAUACUAUUUACACGUACGUGGUGGCUGACAGGACGAUGUUUACCAGCAGUGCUGGCUUUAUAUAUAUUCAGUCAUUUUUUGAUCUUUUACUAAAGAAUAUAAAUAUAUUGAUCACACUGUAUUUAAUCGUCGUUUUGUUUUGUACAGCUUUUCUCUGUGAUUUUUUUUCUUUCUGCUGCACUUUCUUACUCCAAGCUUGUUUUCUAGCAUUUUAUUUUGGAUCCUGUUCAGUUUAUAUAGUUCAGGGUGGCAAGGGAGCAGGCAGCAGCGCUCAGCAUCUGGGGAAAAGCACCAGUGAGCUUUGUUCUAUCGGCCAGAGGAACCUUCGUGAACUGUGGGGUAGACAGAUUCUCUGUGUAGGAAUGGGAAAGGAAGGAGGAGGAAAGGCAACGCUCCAAAUAAAAGAGACCUUUCCUGUAGGCUUGUGUUAAAGCUUUCCAGAAUCAAUAACGUAAAAGUUUCACCCAAGGUGUAAAAACAAUGAAGCAGCCAUCCAGAAGUCCGAGGAGAAAAGAAAACCGAGCACACGUGAGCCGGAUUCUUGCCUCGGUAACAUCCCAGCUAACGAAUCCUCCAUUCUGACUCGUCAAAAAUUGUUGAUUCAUUUUCAGCAGCUGCAAAUCACAGGAUAUACUGUAUGAAUACGCUCAUGUUAAUAUUCUAAUAUCUUAGCGUUUCUAUAGCAACAGCUCAUUAACAGGGACUUGUACAGAAGCUAAUAAUUACCCGCGAGAGAUAAUAAGCCACAUCACACCGCAAUGACCAUCCACAUGCCCUGAAGUGUUUUAUUCCUUAAACAAAAUUAAAACAUUUUCCAUCUUAAAAGUCCUGAAAAGAAUCAAGAAUAAAGACAUGAAAAAUAACUAUUUUGAAUACGAAAUUGUAAAUUUACUCCCACCAACACUGUGUUAACAUUUAAAAAAUUAUUUUCGUUGGAAUGUUUAAAGUUUUUAAAGUAUUCAAAAAAACAAAACAAACGCGUUUAAUUCUAAGCGCUAAAAGCUCACGUUCACGAAAUGUUCAUCCAAAAAACUUUCAGUUAGGAUAAUGUAUAAAAAUCAGUUCUUCACUGAUUCAUUCUUCACAGUUCAUUUCUCCACUGAUAAAUGACUGAGCUGAAAAUCUUCAUCUAAAUGUUUGUCUUUCUGUCCGUCUUCGUGUGCUACCUCAGUCUUUUGCUACAGCUUACGUGUUUUCUGGGUUUUGUUUUCUUUCGUUUUUUUUUUUUUAAACGAUUUGUACAGAUUCUUAAAAUUGUGUAAAUAUUUUGAUUUAUAACUGUUUUUUUUAAAUAGUUGUGGAUGCGAAGGUAUGUUUUCUAUGAAAGUACGUUUUUAUGCUUUUGUAUCUUUUUAUUAUUACUUUAUGAUGUUUUAAAAAAUUCAAAAUAGUUGGAAAUUUGUAGUUCUGUCCGUAUAUAUAUAUAUCCUUUAUUUUAAUGAAACUGUAAUUUUUAUUAUGACGUUUUAUUCAUGAAGGUUUGUGUUGGAUUUGGAUUUGAUUGAUGUUUUUUCACUUGGCACCUACUGCAGGUAGUGAAUGCUAUUUUUGCACAAAACUGAAAAUAAAGUUGAAUGAUAGCCUA